AGGAUGAGUAAGGAGAUCUGUCAGAUUCAGUGUUUCUCUACAGAAGCUUUGACACCUCGCAUCAUUACACCUGGGAAACCGAGGAACAGCCCACUAAAUCAGGUUGGCUAUGAUGAUGGAUUCUUUUUGGGGGAUGAUAAGAAACCUCUAAGUGUCCUUGUCUUUGGUCCCCUGCAGGCAAUUUAACAAGAUAGCGCAGAAGCAGAUCUUCAUCACGAAACUGUGACAGACAGUGGGUGACUGCAAAAUAGAGAGAAAGGGUGAGGGUGAAAAACACAGCCAAGGAUUUAAAGAUAACUUUUAAAAUAGCUCAUAACAUCUCAGGGUUUCCAGGAUCCUUCACUUAUCUCUCCCCAGUUCCCUGCGGAGGACAUACCUGACCAAAUCGCAGGAAGCAUUUGCACGUAAUUUCAUCUGAAAUAUUGCGAGGAAAUUAUAACAAGACAAUGCUGCCUUGCUCUGGGCUGCCAAUGCCAAUACUAGCUCUACUUUUGCUAGUCGGCCCUCUACUGGUCAGAGGGCAAAAUGACACGGAGCCCAUAGUCCUGGAGGGUAAAUGCCUGGUGGUCUGUGACUCAACACCCUCCUCAGAACCAUCAGUCAGUUUUUGUCAGAUCUUGGUGAACGUUGGCAGUCAUUUUGACCAAGAAAGCAGUGUCUUCCUUGCUCCGAGACGAGGGGUGUACAGCUUCAAUUUCCAUGUGGUGAAGGCAUACAACAGACAAACCAUACAGGUGAGUUUGAUGUUGAAUGGAUGGGCGAUGAUCUCAGCCUUUGCUGGAGACCAGGAUGUGACACGGGAGGCAGCCACAAAUGCAGGGCUUGUGAUCAUGGAGCGAGGGGACAAGGCUUACCUCAAGCUAGAAAGGGGCAACUUAAUGGGAGGCUGGAAGUACUCUACUUUUUCAGGCUUCCUGGUCUUCCCCUUAUGAAGGACUUACGUGUGGGAAAGAGAAGAGGUGGGAGACGAGAAAGAGAGAGGGUGACAUGCUCUCUGAGGAUUUAUGAAUGCCAUAGAAAAGAUCAUGUUUGUUCUUCUCUUUCAUUUAACUGGUGUCAGAGCAGAGAAAAAUGCAUAAAAUGGAAAGUUAACUAAAUGAAAUAUUAUUUAUCUUGGAUCAUUUAUAUUGUUUAGAAAUAUUAUUAUAAUAAAAAUAAUAUUCAAAUUAAAUAUCAUUGAGAUGAGGAUUUGAAAAAAAAAGUGAGUUUGAAAUGAGUUUUAAUGUUUUUUUUUUUUAUAUAUAUAAUGUAUUUCAGAUGAUAUGCUCAUAUGGUUAAACUGAAAACAGUCAUUAGGGGAAGAUACAAUGUGACUGUCCUAAUAAUAUUUUUGAAAUUAUGUAUUUACAUUUUUUUUUAGAAAAAUUCCAUUUCUAAAAUCACUUUUAAUGAAACGAAUAAUUAAAAUAUAGUUGUUGCUCAUGUUAAUGUUUGCCUGCUUAUGGAGCUGUGUGUGUAUAUUAUAAAGAUAAAUCUCAUUAAAUUGACUCCCUUAAUUAAAAAUCCACAUUCUGUGUGAAAUAUGUCCUCAACCUGUGUUCCUUCUCUGAAUGAGGCAUGUUACCUGUAACAACAGCUGUUUGUAAAUAUAGCUCUCAGCAUCAGAGCUGGCAUGGUUUACAAGGAAUCGUCGCAGAUAACAGCAUAGGCAUAAUGGAUAACGGAUACGAACUACAGUGGCACUGGUCGAGCAAGGCAGAUGGAGUUUUUGGCAAGCAGAAGUGCAAGUGUACGCUGGACUCCUAUGGACUAUGCAGGGUGGGCUGUCACAAUCAAUAAUUUACACUGCAUUGGUUUAAAGACACACUUAUUCACAUACAAAACAAGGAAAGAAAGAGAGAAGAAAUUAUGAUAAAAACGUGUUAAAAAUGUAUGUUUGUGGAUGUAAGUUAUUUAUGAUGUCCUAGCACAUGUUAUAAAUAUUUAUUUUUCAUAUAAAUUUUAGUUCUAUUCACUAGAAUUAAUAAUUUGAAUUUCAUUGAAAGUAUUUUAUGUCAUCCAUAAAGCCUGCUGUUUCCGGUG